AUCACACUGAUGAUGUACUCCAGGCUGAACACUCAGCAAGUUCUCCGCACAACUUCAUACACGGGGAGGUGAGGGGCUGCACUGGGGACAGCAGUUCAAAGGCGACAAGCAAGGCUUUGAAGUGGAGGUGUCUGAUGAAAAGCCCCCCUGUGCCCCGGAAACCCCCUCCCUGCACAGCACUCCACCGUGUACAGGACCUCUGCCUGGCAUCUGGAUUCCUCCUCUCCCAGGGAAGGGGCUUCGGAGGGUUUAGCAGCAGCUGCUGACAUGCUGUGGCCAGGAGGGAGGACUGAGGACCACUGAGGAGGUCCAGGGACUGGCUAAGGACAAGUUAAAAGAGGAGAUCCAGAGACUGAAUGACUGAGAACCAUAAGGAGGUCCAGGGACUGGAUGACCGAGAACCAUAAGGAGGUCCAGGGACUGGAUGACCGAGAACCAUAAGGAGGUCCAGGGACUGGAUGACCGAGAACCAUAAGGAGGUCCUGGGACUGGAUGACCGAGAACCAUAAGGAGGUCCUGGGACUGGAUGACCGAGAACCAUAAGGAGGUCCUGGGACUGGAUGACCGAGAACCAUAAGGAGGUCCUGGGACUGGAUGACCGAGAACCAUAAGGAGGUCCAGGGACUGGAUGACCGAGAACCAUAAGGAGGUCCAGGGACAUUAAUGACUGAGAACCAUAAGGAGGUCCAGGGACUGGAUGACUGAGAACCAUAAGGAGGUCCAGGGACUGGAUGACUGAGAACCAUAAGGAGGUCCAGGGACUGGAUGACCGUGAACCAUAAGGAGGUCCAGGGACUGGAUGACUGAGAACCAUAAGGAGGUCCAGGGACUGGAUGACCGAGAACCAUAAGGAGGUCCAGGGACUGGAUGACCGUGAGUCAGUAAGCAGGUCCAGGGACUGGAUGACUAUGAACCAUAAGGAGGUCCAGGGACUGGAUGACUAAGAACCAUAAGGAGGUCCAGGGACAUUAAUGACCGAGAACCAUAAGGAGGUCCAGGGACAUUAAUGACUGAGAACCAGGGACUGGAAGCUACCUAUCCACACUGAGGAGUUCCAGGGACUGGAAAACUAAGAACUAAAUAAAAGAUCCAGGGACUGGAUGACUGAGAACUUGUGAAGAAGUCUAGAGACUGGAUGACUAAGGACCAAUAAGGUGAUCCAGUGACUUGAUGGCUGAGGACCAGUGAGAAGAUCCAGGGACGUUUAAGGGACUGGCUGACAGAGAGCCAGUCAGGAGGUACAAGGACUGGAUGUUGCCUGUCCACAGUUAGGAGGUCUAGGGACUGGAUGAUUAAACUCCAGGGAUUGGAUAACUAAGGACCAGUGAGCAGGUCCAGGGACUGGAUGCUGCCCAUCCACAGUGAGAAGGAUCCAGGGACUGGAUGCUGCCCAUCCACAGCUAGGUCCAGGGACUGGAUGCCGCCUGUGCACAAGCACUCCUGUGGAUCCAAUUGAGGUGCGACAUUUCCAACAUCAUACACAAAGAGAAGUAUGAUUGACUUCACUGAGAACAAGCUUCCUGUUGUUCCAGGUAGAGUACACCGAAGAGAAGUUACAAAUGAAACGAAGAACCAAUGAGAUGAAAGAUUCUGAAUGAAGGGGCUAAGGCAAAUCUUCCCAUCCAGAAGAAAAAAGGGAAAGAUCCAUUGGAAAAUUUCUCUACCAUGGAUAGAUUACAAAACCUGCCCAUGGACCUCAGAGAUUUGCUGAGGACCAUUAGACUGAAGGCCAAAUAUGCUCUCUUCCUGGUCCUUGUGGUGGUGCUGGUCAUCAUUGAGAAGGAAAACAAGAUCAUCUCAAAGGUGUCGGACAAGCUUAACCUGAAGCAGAUGCCACAGAACAUUUUUGAGAUAAAUAGCACAGAUUCCAAUAUCGUAUUUGCAGAGAAUGGCUCAUUGACAUCACUGAGUGAACUGGACUCUGCUUUCUUUCAGUUCAGGAAACGUUUGGCAAAUGUCACUUUACAGUUUGGAGGAAGCAACACAUUUCUUUCCGAUGUUCCGAAAUCUACUCGAAAACAUAUACUUCUGAUGGCCACCACACGCACCGGUUCAUCUUUUGUGGGGGAGUUCUUUAACCAGCAAGGGAAUAUCUUUUAUUUGUUCGAACCUCUUUGGCAUAUUGAAAGAACCGUGACAUUUGAAUCUAUGGGAGCCAAUGCAGUAGGUUCAGCAAUUGUGUACAGAGAUGUUCUCCAUCAACUUCUUCUGUGUGAUCUUUACACUUUAGAGAACUUUAUCUCCCCAACUCCUGAACAACAUCUUACUAGGUUUAUGUUCCGUAGGGGCUCCAGCAAGUCCUUAUGUGAAGAUCCAGUAUGCACCCCCUUUGUUAAAAAGGCCUCAGAAAAAUAUCAUUGUAAGAAUCGCCGGUGUGGACCCCUAAAUAUGACACUGGCAAUGGAGUCAUGCUUGAAUAAAGAUCACGUGGCUAUUAAAGCAGUACGAAUUAGACAAUUGGCGUUUCUGAAAACUCUUGUAGAAGAUCCUCGUCUUGAUUUGAGAAUCAUACAACUGGUGCGUGACCCCAGAGCUGUUUUGGCAUCACGCAUGGUAGCUUUCUCUGGAAAAUAUGAAUCAUGGAAAAAAUGGGCUUUGGAAGGAGCUGCCCCUAUACCUGAAGAUGAAGUUCAAAAACUGAAGGGUAACUGUGAUAACAUUCGUUUGUCUGCAGAAUUAGGCUUGCGCCAACCCGAAUGGCUUAGAGGACGGUAUAUGCUGAUGCGAUAUGAAGACAUAGCAAGGUUUCCUCUUCAAAAGGCCAAAGAAAUGUACAAGUUUGCUGAAAUCACACUUACACCACAAGUAAAAGAAUGGAUUAUCAAAAACACGCAAGCUUCCCAGGGCAACAGUGGCGUAUAUUCUACCCAAAAGAACUCCUCAGAACAGUUUGAGAAGUGGCGUUUCAGCAUACCCUUCAAAUUAGCCCAGGUAGUACAGGAAGUCUGUGAACCUGCUAUGCGGUUGUUUGGCUACAAGUUGGCAAGUGACUUAGAGACACUUACAAACCGAUCUAUCAGUUUGCUUGAAGACAGGGUUAAUUUUUGGGUAACGUAAUAUACUCAUAUUUAACUUAUUUAUAUAUCGGGAAUAAACUGCCAUUGAACUUAGUGCUUGAAACAGGGGAGACAGAUGGGAGGGGGGGGGGGGGCAAUUUGCACCUGCUGAGCGCGCUAUGUGCUAUCUAAAAAGCCUGUGUGCAUUUUUUUUUUAAUUGCUUCCUAAAUUAAGAAGCUUUUCUUUCUUAAUGCAAUAUCAGGGGAAGAUGCUAAAGGCUGAUUUUCUGGAUUGGCUUUAAAAGUGGAUGAUUCCUGCUGAUGUAUAGAAAACUGGCUGGAAGAAGAGUUUUCUUUUUCUCUCCCCAGAAUAGGCCAAUCUGUGAAGCUGAAUAAAAGUUUUUUUUCUGCACUAAAGAAACACACCCAAAGAGUUGAACUCAUGAAGGACUCUGCAGACCUAAAAUUGCAGCUUCUCAGAAUGUCCAUAACAUCGAGACUUUAGAUACGAGCAACCUUUCAACUGUUCAAAAUGACCAUUUGGUUGAAAGAAAAAUAGAAUUUUGAUAAUUCCUUACCUGGGAAGAUAGCUUUUGGAAAUAUUUCUGUGCCCUGAAAGUGAUACAGACAUAUAAUUACAGUGCAUUUGAUUGUGAAUGAACUUAUGCACCCAGAGCUUAGCUGCACUUGAAAAAUAAAACAGAUUCAUUUCUAUAGCCCAGCUUUCUCAGCUAAUGCAGUUUCACACCCAGCUUCUAUACUUUUUUAUGUGUCUUGUUUCCUUGAAGUUCUAACAUACAACGUUAGUUGAGGUUCUGCAUGUGAAAACAAAUGAUACUUUACACCGGAGGAAGUCAAUUCGCACCACCUGUUUCUCACUCUGGUUUAUUCUAACACUCCAUAAAGUGUAUACAGACCCCUCACCUGUCUCUUCUGUUCCCUAAGGUCUGUAAUGAGAUAAUGAAUGGCUUUCAGUAGGACUGCUUAGAGAACAGGGCAGAGGGCAGCUGGUCUUGUCCAAACAUUUAAAAUUAGUUAAAUGCAGUGAAUAAACUAUAAUUUAAUUAUUUUAUGAA